AUGGACAAAAUUGAUAAGGACGGUGUCACGGUCAGCCUAAAAGGAGACGAUGAAAAUAAGAGCGAUAUUCUAAGUUUAAGCAAAGGUAACAUAAGUGAAAAUCUGAACGCUGAGAGUAAUUCUGAAGCCAGUGAAAAAGAAAAAACCGCUGAUUCUAAUUUUAAAAUAGUCAGCAAACUAAAUUCUAAUGAGGCGGGUGGUGAUGAAGCGGAUAGUAAUGAGGCGGGUGGUCAUGAAGCGGGUGGUGAUGAGUCGAGUAGUGAUGAGGCGGGUGGUGAUAAGGCAAGUCGUGAUGAGGCGGGUAGUGAUGAGACGGUAGGUGAUAUUUUCACUCCUCAUGAGCUACUACCAGUUACUAAAAAAUUACUGGACAAAGAGGGCAGAGGCAUUGUGAGUGCAUCCAAGAGUCCGGAAGACUUGGCCGACAGAAUCUUUGCAGCUUACUAUGUAGAUAUUGUGGGUUUGGACGCACUUCAAUCUUUAGCCCUUAAAGAAGAUCAUAAAGAGCUCGAGUCUUAUCUCCCGCCAAGAAGGAGCCGUUAUAAACCUUUAUUGGAACCCGGAUGCACGUGGCAUUAUGAAUGUAGAGAACCGCAUGAUUUAGACACAUGCCAUUUAAAAGCACAUUGUAAAAAUGAGACCUUGUCCAAUGGAUAUAUGGAUGAACAAAAUAUAAACAUGGAGAGUUUGGAUGAAUAUUUCAAUAGGCUGGUUGUGGCUCAUCAUGCGGGUACUACACCAAUCUCCUCACUGAAGUUAAAUACAAAUAAUAAUACUGAAGAUUCAAAUGCUGAAGAUAGCAAUUCUGUUACUUCCGAUUCAUCCAAGCGAAAAAGGCUUUAUAGAAAAACUGAAAAGGUAGAAGAACCUAUUAAGAAAUCAAAGAUCAGAAGUUCUAACACUGGAGUCGAGAAUUCUCGAAAUAUACCACACAUAGUCAAAUUGGUAAAACCUUCACCUCGGUUUAAACAAGAAACCACUACUUCGGUCGCCAGUUAA